UGAGCAAGCCAUUUAUCACUCAAUAGUUUGAUUUACAACAGUUCAGUACUCCAAGUCAUCAAGAUGAGUUUCAAGACUUUACUUGUAACGUGUGCUCUUUUAGUUUGCGCGAUGGGGGCUUUGCUUCCGCUGGAUGACAAUUACGACAGCCGUGUUGUCGGAGGCCACGAAGCCGCACCAGGAUCGGCACCGCAUCAAGUUUCUCUUCAAGGUUUGUUUGGUCACUCAUGUGGUGGAGCUAUCAUCGGUGACCUGUGGGUUCUGACGGCUGCGCACUGCGUUGUUGGCGCGAGUUUGUCCCAGCUUCGAGUCCUUGUCGGUACCAACAGCCUGAAGGAAGGAGGUCAAAAGUAUAAAGCUGCCAAGUUCAUCGUACACAGUCGGUACAAUCAACCCACCUUCCACAACGAUAUUGCUUUGGUCAAACUGGAAACGAAACUGGAGCUUAGCGAUAACGUGAGGGCCAUCGAAUACUCGGAGAAGGUCGUUCCGGAGAAUGCUACCGUUACUCUCACUGGAUGGGGAAGAACUUCAACAAACGGUCCAAUCCCGACCAAUUUGCAGACGAUCGAUCUGAAUUACAUCACUUACGAGGAAUGCAAACGGUUGCAUGGUGGCAGCUCGGAAGUCGAUAUUGGACACGUGUGCACAUUUACAAAAAGCGGAGAAGGUGCAUGUAACGGAGACUCUGGUGGCCCUCUUACGUACAAUGGAAAGUUGAUCGGUGUGGUAAACUUUGGAGUUCCCUGCGCUAAGGGAUAUCCAGAUGCUUACGCUAGAGUGUCCUAUUAUCACGACUGGAUUCGCACCAAUAUAAAGAAUAAUUCGUAAUCGGUGAAGUGGACAAACGGUUUUUAUGAUUUUGGA